UGAUACAUUGUUCAUGGAUGUUCACAUCUAAUCUCAGCACUGCUUGAAAAGUAAGGGAGAGCUUUUGUGGCUCAAGACUUUGAAUCUUCUUCCACUGCUCUACAGCUCUACGCUCCGCUUUGUAUCAUGGACAAUGCACAAUACCAAGACAUGGGAUCAGGUGCCACGUUCCGUCGCACGGCAAGGGAAUCGACUAUUCGUGCCAACAUGUUUGCAAUCGAAUGUGCUGCUGUGCUAAUUCUCUACUGGUACUUUCUGCAGUCAUACGUGAGUUGGAAACGGUGCAGCCUGUUACUGCUUUUUGGCAUUGUUUACAUGGCUCGCUUGAAUAUCAUGGCUCGGUGGCUUCUGCCUCGUGAGUUGGCAAUGGAAGAGUUGACAGUGGUCAUUGCGUGGAUUGCUUGUAUUCUGUCUUCAAUCAGCAUUGGGGCUGCCUGCCGGGGCGAGAUUAGCUUUCUCCAGUUUUGGCUUGCUCUUGUUUUAUAUAGCUUUGGUUCCUGGUUAAAUAGCUGGUCUGAGUUGCAACGCAAAUGGUGGAAGGCCAAGCCAGAGAACAAGGGCCGCUGCUACACACUUGGCUUGUUUGCUUGGAGCCGAAACAUCAACUACUUUGGAGACGUGAUUCUAUUUGCGGGGUGGGCCAUCGCCUCGGAUUGCUGGUGGAAUGUCUGAGUUCCUGUUGCCAUGGGUGCGAUGUUUUACUUCUGUCAUAUUCCCGAUAAGGAAGCCUACCUCUCAGAACGCUACAAGUCGGAGUGGCCAGGAUACGUUUCAAGUACAAAGUCCUUUAUUCCUUUCGUAUGUUAAGCUUUCAACCGGAUGAGACUGCAAAUCGAGAGGAUCAUUCACUCAGCCUGAGCUUGUGGUUGCAAAAGCUGCAGUCCCUUAGUUGACCACUGCUACCUGAUAUAUACAGUGAUUCCUUGUCUUUGUGGUCCCUGCUGAAUCCCUGUCACAAAGCUACUACGCCCAGAGAUGCUGAGCGAUGCUGAGCCUUUAGCUCAGGAGCUUAGCUUUGCCUCCUUUUUUGACGUUCAAUCAAGCCAAAGACCGCUAAUCUGGUUUGUAGUUGAG